AGUCGAGCUCGCGGCCUCUCCUUGAUUCCGGAGGAGCUCGAUACGUAUGAGCAGAAGGUGAAGGCCUAUAAGGAGGUCCAGAAAACUAAGGGCUUCCACUUACUCGAGGAUAACCGCUUCAAUGAGGCACGGUCUAGGAUGCCCUUGAGG